AUAUCUCUGCAUCGACAAAAUGAGGAAACUGAACCGGUAAAAAAGAACCAGAGAAAGGAGAAGAAAAAUCUGGAGAAGUCGGCGGAAGGGGAGAAGGCGGAACUUCUGCCAUCGAAAAAACAAAGCUUAACAGUGCUAAAAUCAGACCCGAAAAAAAAUCGCUUCUGAUUUUCACUAGACGUCACUUUUUUUGUGUCUACUUUUUUUGUGUUCACCAUAAAAAAAGAAAGAAAGAAAAUUUAUUCUUCCAUCUUUCUGAUAAUCGGAUCUUACAGAGAGAGCUCCAUGGAUCGCCGCAUCUAUGGUGGCUCCGCCGUCAUUCAUCUCUUUCUCUUCUUUUUCUUCCUAAUCUCCUCUACCGCAUCAUCUGCAUUACCCAAGAACACGAAUCUUUCUUCCGGGUCAGGUCAGAUCAACUCCAACUCCGUCCUCGUAGCUCUUCUCGACUCUCGUUACACUGAGCUAGCUGAGCUCGUCGAAAAAGCUCUUCUCCUUCAGACACUCGAAGACGCCGUUGGUCUUCACAAUAUUACCAUAUUUGCCCCUCGCAAUGAAGCUCUUGAGCGUGACCUUGACCCUGAGUUCAAGCGGUUCUUGCUCCAGCCAGGUAAUCUCAAAUCUCUACAAACACUCCUCAUGUUCCACAUUAUACCCAAUCGGGUCGGGUCGGACCAAUGGCCCUCAGAAGAAUCGGGUCGGGUCAAGCACCACACGCUUGGUAACGAUCAGGUUCACUUGAGCAACGGAAACGGUAAGAAGAUGGUGGAUUUAGCUGAGAUUAUCCGACCCGAUGACUUGACCCGACCCGAUGGAUUGAUCCACGGGAUCGAGCGGCUUCUCAUCCCUCGCUCCGUUCAAGAAGAUUUCAAUCGCCGCCGUAGCCUCCAGUCAAUCUCCGCCGUCUUACCCGAAGGUGCUCCGGAGGUUGACCCUAGAACCAACCGUCUCAAGAAACCAACCGCUCCAGUCCCCGCCGGAUCUCCACCGGCUCUUCCGAUCCAAUCCGCCAUGGCUCCUGGUCCGUCUCUAGCUCCGGCGCCAGCUCCUGGACCUGGAGGCAAGCACCACCACUUCGACGGUGAAGCUCAAGUCAAAGAUUUCAUCCACACACUGUUACAUUACGGCGGAUACAACGAGAUGGCAGACAUUCUCGUGAAUCUGACGUCACUCGCGACGGAGAUGGGUCGGUUGGUGUCAGAAGGCUAUGUUUUAACGGUUCUGGCUCCCAACGACGAAGCUAUGGCGAAAUUGACCACGGAUCAGCUGAGUGAGCCAGGAGCGCCGGAGCAGAUUGUGUAUUACCAUAUUAUCCCUGAGUAUCAGACGGAGGAGAGUAUGUACAAUUCUGUUCGGAGAUUUGGCAAGGUUAAGUUCGAUACGCUGCGUUUUCCUCACAAGGUUGCGGCUAAGGAAGCUGAUGGUUCGGUUAAGUUUGGUGACGGUGAGAGGUCGGCUUAUUUGUUCGAUCCUGAUAUUUAUACCGACGGUCGGAUUUCGGUUCAGGGGAUUGAUGGUGUUUUGUUUCCUCAAGAGGAGGAGAUCGUUGAAUCGGUUAAGAUACCGGUUAAGAAAGUUGUUCAGCCAAGAAGAGGGAGAUUGUUGGAAGUAGCAUGUAGCAUGCUUGGUGCUUUUGGCAAGGACACUUACCUUAGCAAAUGCCGGUGAAUUCUCAAACCCGCCAAAGAAUUGAUGUAAACACAUUCAAAAAGCUGAUUGAAGGGUUUGGCCUUGGAUGAAUAGAAAACGAAGAGAGGACCAACAACAACGUUUCAAAAAACACCAAACUUCUAUGGAAUGGAGAAGGAUGGUGGGUUUGUUGAGUUCUAUUUUUCUUCAUUUCUUAAAUAUAUAUUUUUGGGGGGUGUUUUGGUUUGGUCUUUGGAUUAUGAAUACUGUAAUUAGAUAUAUCAAUCAUUCUUUAAUUAAUUUGGUGGUGUAUGAGAGAGAGAAUUGAGAGUACCAUAAAUAAAAAAAGGGAGAACAAAGACUUUUUUUUCUCUCACCUUUAGGAUUUGUUGUUUUGGAGUCCUUUGUUUGGCUUUUACUACAGGGAAAGUAUAAUUCCAGUUGGUAUGGUAA